AUGUCGCAAGACACCGGCCUGUGGAGCGUGCGCCGACCAAGAGAGACUUUAGGAGGCAUUAACUACAACACCGGCUUACCACAACCCGCAUCCGCCAUGAAGCGAUCCGCUUCAGGUGCAGGUGCGCCCUACUCGAACAGCCAUGGGCGCUCCAUGUCCGGCUCUAGACAUUCUCUUGCGCUAUCGCGACCCAGCCAGCCCAUGUUCCAGCGCUCUUCGUCCGGCACCAACCUCGCAGACCUUGGCCUCUCCUCCGUGAAGCGAACUUCGAUGCGCGAUAAGUCCUUUGCGCCAACGCCAGCGCCGGGGCGUUCUUCACAAGAUGCGGAUAGGAGGAGCAGCGUAUACCGCGCAAGAACUUCGACUGCAGGGCCGAUGAGUCACCAGAGCUUCUUCCAGCAAGCACCUCAGCCUGCCGGUGUACCUCGAGACCCUCGCCCAUUGCGAGACCGAUCAUACCAGGCCAGAAUUGGACAGGAACUGCUGGACUACCUAGCUCAGAACAACUUCGAGAUGCAGAUGAAGCAUACCCUCUCUCAGAACAUCAUCAAAUCCCCUACCCAGAAGGACUUCAACUUUAUGUUCCAGUGGCUGUACCGCCGCAUCGAUCCGAGCUACAAGUUCCAGAAGAACAUUGACCAAGAAGUUCCGCCAAUUCUCAAGCAGCUUCGAUACCCCUACGAACGAAGCAUCACCAAGAGUCAGAUCGCGGCCGUCGGUGGUCAGAACUGGAGUACUUUCUUGGGGCUGCUACACUGGAUGAUGCAACUGGCGCAGAUGCUGGAUGGCUAUGCUUGCAACCGAUACGACGAUGCGUGCCUCGAGAGUGGUAUUGAUGUGACAGGCGAUCAUAUCAUUUUCGACUUCCUUAGCCAGGCAUAUAGAGACUGGCUUGCCAUGGACGAGGACGCCGACGAUGAAGAUGCCAACCGAGCACUGGCUCCUCACAUAGAACGGAUGGCGCAGGCUUUCGAGCAGUCCAAUUCCAAGUAUACCUCUGAACUUGAGAUGCUUGAAGGGAGAAUAAUCGGCUGUUGCUCUACUCCGGAUCCUGCUGUACUCGAUAACCACUUCAGAAUCAUGGAAGAGGACAAGGUCAAGUUCGAGGAAUAUAAUGCGCUCGCGAUGCAAAGAUCCGACAAGUACGAAGCACGGAUACAGGUUCUCCAGGAGGAGCUUGAAAAACUCAACGAAGAACUUCGGGAAGUUGAGGAUGAACGGCGAGGAUUGCAGAAGGCCGUGGACGAUCUAGGUAUUAGCAUGCAGGAUAUCGACCGCAUGACGGCUGAGCGAGAACGUUUGCAAAAAGGAAUCGAGUCCGCAUCACAAAGGCUAGAGGAAGUCAAGAAAAAGGUCGCCGACAAAGAACUUGAAGCGAGUAGGAAGCUUGACGAACUCGAAAGAAUGGUCGAUAGGUACAACACCCUGGCGUAUCAGAUUGGUUUGAUACCCGCGACGGCAGUCAAUGCCAACGGCAAGGACUACGAGCUGCAGGUGACGGUCAACGACGGCCCAGAUUUCAGCUCGUCGCAACUCAAGGGAUCCAGCGGUGCUUCCUCAAGCGACCGCCUCCUUGCCGACCCUGUCACUGGGUACCAGCCUGCCCAUAUUCUCAACCUCGAUCUGCGUGGUCAGGUCAAGAACAGCUUCCUCACGCUGAGGAAAGAGAUCUCUGAGAGGAGAACCGUUGCCAUGGAUAUGAUGAUGAAGGAUCAUGACCUGCUCGAUGGCAUCAAGGAGGCGAUUGAGGACAAGCGCAACGAAGUCGAGGCUCUGGAGCACCGUGUCCGUGCUGCGGAGGAGGAGUACGAGAAGACAAAAGAGGUCACAACAACGCAAAAGAUGGCAUCUGACGCCCAAAUUGAAAAGAUGGAGAAGGAACUCGCAAAGAUGCGGGCAACUCUGACCGAGUCAGUACAGCUGAUGGAGCAGCGCGAAAUGAAUACCAGCAUCGAGUACGAACAGCUUGUGCUUCGCGCAAACUCCUUGCGAGAAGAGCUUCAUACGGAGAUUGACCGGAUGCUCAACGAUGUCAUCAAGUUCAAGAUCCACGUGCAGAGGAACCUCGACGACUAUGAGGGCUUCGUUACCGACGAGCUUGAAAAGGAGCUGGGAAGUGAUGAGAUGAGAGAGGAUACCCGGAAUCUGGAUAUGUAA